AUGGCCAUCACUGAGACGGCAGCACGGAAGCUCCUGCAUGGCGGCGCCGCUGGCACCAUCGCCCAAGGCGUCGCCGACGUGGGCGGCAUCAGCUUCGGCCUGUGGGAGAUGAUGACCAGCUUCUUCGCCGAUAUCCUCGCCUACCUCUUCGCUGCUCUCGCGGGCGCAGCCCACCUGCUCGUCCUGCCACUGGAGCACGUCACGGGCUUCUUCGCCCACAUCUUCGCGGCCAUCGCCGGCGUGGCGCACCUCUUGGUCCUGCCGCUAGAGACGAUCUGGCAGUGGCUCGCUACCAGCAUGGCCGACGCCGCGGGCGCCAUCGCUUGCGGCCUCGACGGCCUGUGGCAGCACGUCGCUGGCUUCUUCGUCCACAUCUUCGCGGCCAUCGCCGGCUCCGCCCAAAUGUUGGUCCUGCCGCUAGAGACGCUCUGGCAGUGGCUCGCUACCAGCAUGACCGACGCCGCGGGCGCCGUCAGCUCCGGCGUCGACGGCCUGUGGCAGCUCGUUGCGGGCUUCCUCCCCGGAGCCUGGGCUGCCGUGGCGAGCGCAGCCCACCAGAUCCCGCAGAAGCUGGCGGAGCUGUGGCGGUGGCUACAGGCCGCGGCCCCCGUCGCGCUCCCGUACGUGCUCGGCGUAGCUGCGGUCGUGCUCGUCGCGGCGCUCGUCUGGUUCUGCUGGCCGACCCUCUUGGGAGCUAGCGUGGGGGUCGGCCAGGCACUCGUGACCGCCGCCUGCCACUUCGUGCAGGGUCUGCUGUACGUUGGCAGCGCCGUUCAGUCGGUGUUCGUCUUCCUCCUGCCUCCCUGCACGCAGUGCCUGGCCGUGGUCACCAUGAAGGCCCCCGGCGGCACCGGCAGGCUGAUAUCGCGCGCGGCCUUCGAGGCAGCUCCGGCGCUCUACUUCGCGAUCCUGCAUGCCGCUCCACCCAUCGUGGCCGCCACCGUCUUCUGCACGGAAAGAGUGGCCUUGCUCGUCGCUGCCCCGGUCGCUGCUCUUUUCGGUGCUUCAGUCGGCGCGCGGUGA